AUGGUUGUCAUGACGCAAAAAUACAAGCAUCCGGCACCACUUCCAGAAAGAAUUGUUUACUCUGAUGAUGAGAUAUUAAAAUUACCACCACCUGUUCCAUUGCUAAAAGUUUCUAAAGUUAGCCUUGGAAUCGUCGUUUCUUGGAACAUGACUCUCGAUAAUCAAUAUGCAGAUAUUGAAAGUUAUCAAUUGUAUACAUACAGAGAGAAUACAAAGGCACCUGCUUCAUCAAUGUGGAAAAAAGUUGGAGAUAUCUGUGCUUUAAAAUUACCGAUGGCUUGUACUUUAACUCAGCUUUCAAAGGGUAUUAAAUAUUAUUUUGCCGUAAGAGCAGUUGAUAAAUAUUCCAGAGUUGGACCAUUCAGUCAGCCAGGUGAAAUUUCUUUAUAA